GCGGCGAAGGACUGGUUCAGUAGAUCUUCGUUCGGCGCCAUGGAUAUCGUGAAAGAGGUGUUGGAUAAACAGCAGAAGGAUCUGCAAAAAUACAAACCCAUCACGGUAGAGAAGCCACUGGAACCAACGGUCGACGUGGGACACAUGUUGGUCAGCGAUCCGAACUACUUCGACGACGCACUGCUCAAAGCCGACCGCGAGAAAUACGUCUUGGACAUAACACGCGACAACGUACAGCUGCUGAUCAACAGCAUCUGGGAGCUGCCAACGGACCGCGUCGAUGAGUCCAUCGUGGCGAAACUACCGGCCCCGCGAGCUGUGCUACCUCGUGCACGCAAACUACCGGUCCCGAAACCGCUGACCAAGUGGCAGGAGUUUGCCAAAGCAAAGGGUAUAAAGAAAAGAACUCGUGAUAAGAAGGUGUACGAUGACGUGCUGGAGAAAUGGGUGCCAACGUACGGUUACCAGCGCUACAAAGCAGAAAAGGAGCGAGACUGGGUGCUGGAGGUUCCACAGAAUGAUCCAAAUCGUGAUAUGUUCAAAGAGAAGCGCGACCUGCGCAUCGAGCGCGUGGCUAAGAACGAGGUGGCGCGAAUGAAAAAUAUUGCCCGUGCAAAGAAGGUCAAUGUGGCUCGAACAGGCUUCGUUGGUCCUGAUUCCGCCUCAGCUAAACAGCUCAUAACGGUGUCGAAUGUGGUGAAAGCUUCGACCGCAUCCGUCGGUGUCUUCCAGGAGUCCCUACCGAACGAGAAGCAAGCACGCGGUAUCGGCGUGAAAGAGCUAAUUCCAGGCGAAAAGCGCAAGAAAAAGCCAUCGACCCUGAUCGGUGAAAAGCGGCGCAACAUUGAGAUAGUGAACAAGGUUCUGAACAAAAUGCCGAAGAUCGACAUUGACCGGGCGAUUUCGCUGCAGAAAGCAGAAGCGCGCGCAGAACGGGAAGCCGCCGAAAACGAUGACGGCGAAGACGGUGAACGGAGGAAGAAAAAGAAGGGAGGCAAAAAAUCGAAAACUUUUAGCCGGAAAAAGCCCAAGGGUGGUCAGGGUAAGCGUGCUCAGGGUAAGAAGUCCUCGGGCCGUAAACGCCGCUAGAGCAACGUGGCUCUAACCAACGCUUUUGGCCAAGUUAGAGAAAGAAAAAACACCAUCCCUAUGUUUACGAUUGAAAUACACACGUACAUUUACUAAUGCACAUACAUUUGCA